CCUCGUACACGCGCGUACCUUGCUGGACUGUGCGCGUGACCGCUGCUGGUUCUGUAGGAAGGAGCCGAGGAGCUCGCGAGUGUCCCGAUGAUCUGCAUCCUGCUGGUCGCCGGUCACGGCACCGUGCUGGAGACACAGAUAAAGAAUGACGACACCGGACUCUACAGCCACCUGGCCGGCGUGCCGAAGGCGCUGCUGCCCGGCAACGGGGGCAAGAAGAUCCUCGACUUCUGGUGGGAGGCGGUCAACAUGCGACAGCUGUUCACUGAAGUGUACCUGGUCACCAACGCAGACAAGUUUAAGUACUACGAGCGUUGGGCCACGGCCAACGACUUCCCGCUGGAGAACGUGGUGAACGAUGGCAGCACCACGCUGGAGGACCGCCUGGGCGCCGUGGCCGACCUGGAGCUCGCCAUACGCAGCCGCAAGCUGCAGGACGACGUCAUGGUGAUCGCAGGAGACAUGCUGUGUGCAGACCAGAACUUUGACAUCGCUCAGGUUAUCCGCUUCUUCAGGUCCGAGCCCGGAGAGCUGAUCAUCUACUACGAGCUGGAGGAAAGUGAGAAGAGCAGCUCCAGAGGCAACGUGGAGGUUUGCAGGGAGACCCACAGGAUAACUCGCUUCCUGGAGAAACCACACGAAGGUCUGACAGCAUCCCGGCUCGCCAGCGUGGUGUUCUACUGCAUCCAGAGAGAAACCCUGACCCAGCUGUCGGACUUCCUCAAGCUGCAGACCCGAGCCACAGACCGGUCCUUCGGUCGAUUCUGGGAGUGGCUCAUCAACGAGAAGCAGCUCGAUGUGUUUGGGAUGAAGCUUCCUACCGGCUUCCAGCUCAUUGGACAAGUGGGCCUGUCGGACUACACCAGGUGGCUCAGCCACUACUCCACCAAGCAGCAAGACGCCUCCUCCAAGCCCAUCACGUGCAGGUCGUUCGCCAGGGUCGGGUUGAUGGGGAACCCCUCCGACGGCUUCAACGGGAAAACCAUCGCCAUGUCCAUCUGUAACUUCUGGGCCGAGGUCACGCUGCUGGAGAGCCAGACGUUGGUGUUGCUCCCUCAUCCGCUCAACGACCCCACCGAGUUUGGAAGCUUGCAAGACCUGUUCUGCAUCAGCAGGAAGGAAGGAUACCUGGGAGGGUUGCGGUUGCUGCAGGCCACCUGCAAGAAGUUCUACCAGUUCUGCUCCAAACAAGGCCUCGCGUUGACGAAGCAGAACUUCACCCUGAAGUACGACACCAACAUUCCUCGGCAGGUGGGCCUCGCCGGAAGCAGCGCCAUCGUCUCCGCGACCCUGAAGUGUCUCAUGAAGUUCUACAACAUCACAGACGACGAUCUCCCAAAGUCGAUCCGAGCCAACUUCAUCCUCAACGUGGAGACGGAGGAGCUCUUCAUCACAGCUGGUCUCCAGGACCGAGUGGUUCAGGUCUACGAGGGUUUAGUCUACAUGGAUUUCAGCAAGAAGCUGAUGGAGGAGCAGGGCUACGGGAGCUACCUGUCUCUGGACAUGGGUGGGCUGCCCCCCUUCUGGCUGGCCUACCUGAGCGACCCCAGUGACUCUGGACGCAUCCACAGCAACAUCAGGCUGCGCUGGCUCAACGGAGAGCCGCUGGUCGUCGAGGCCAUGAAGACUUUCGCUGAGCUCACGGAUCAAGCGAGGGCGGCUCUUCAGGACAGAGACUGGCAGCGUCUGGCACAACUGAUGGACCAGAACUUUGAUCUGCGGAGGUCCGUCUACACGGAUGAGUGUCUGGGUCCUGGGAAUCUCAAGAUGGUUCAGCUGGCGAAGCAGUUUGGCUCGGCGGUGAAGCUCCCGGGCAGCGGGGGGGCAGUGGUGGGUCUCUGCCUGGAUGAAGCCAGACUGGUGGAGAUGAGGCAGGCUUUCCAGGAGGCCGGCUGUGUGUUCUGCAUCAUCGCGCCCUACGACCCGUCUGCCGGCGGCCGGCGCUGAGCUCGACGCUCCUGGAGGUCAAACUGGGGUCAUCGGUUGGUCAUAGUGUGACGUCACUGUCGUCUCAUUGGUCGGUUAUGAGAAAUUAAAUGAAUCAUAAACUAUCAGGGGUUCUAAAAAAUGUAUUUGGUGAAGGUUUGUGUGAUUUAAAUGAUCACAUUAAUCAGAUAAUUAAAAAAAAAGAAAGUUUUUAUAAGAUUAUAUGAGAUUUAUUACAUUUAUGAAUUAAACCGUGAAGAUUUUAUUGAGCCUCCCGCCCACUGAUGAAAGUAAUGCAAUAUAUAUACAUACAUAUAUAUAUAUAUAUGUAUAGUGUGUGUGUGUAUAUAUAUAUGUGUGUAUAU